AUGUCUGACUACCAAUUGUUUCUUGCUUCAACCACCAAUGGAAGAAAAAUCACUGUUUUAGUCGAGCUUUUAAACAUCCAAUCGAAAGUUGAAAUCAUCACCAUCGACCUUGCCAAAAAACAGCAAAAGGAAGACUGGUUCCUUAAGAUCAAUCCAAACGGUAAAAUUCCUGCUUUAGCAUCAAAGGACUCUUCAAACCCUUUCUAUUUAAGUGAAAGUAACGCCAUCUUGCAAUUCUUAGUCUCAAAAUAUGAUACUGAAAACAAAUUCUCUUAUCCAGUCAACUCCAACAACUACUUUAAAACUCUAGAACUCUCUUUAUUCCAAGUCAGUGCUUUAGCUCCAGUUCAAGGGAAAAUCUUUGGUGUUAUCAGAAACCUAUUACAUUUAUCUGAAAGCGAUGUUAACGACUUGUACACUGAAAUCAAAAGAGUCUACCAGGUUCUUGAAGAUAUUUUAAAAUCAAACAAUACUGGCUUCUUGGUUGGUGAUAAAUUAACCAUUGCUGAAGUCUUCGUUCUCCCAUGGAUUGAAAAGGCUGCUUUUUCAAAGAUUGAUUUGACCCAAUUUCCUUUAUUAAAUGAUUUAUUAAAGAGAUCUCUACAAGUCCCUGAGAUCGCAAAAGGUCUUGCCUAUUAA